ACUUUCUUCAAGUCCACAACAGUCACAGCAACAGCACCAUGUUUCAAGUACCGUUGCCUCGCUUGACCUGCUCAAUUGCCUACAAAGAUAAUUGGAAUAGGUUUGUAAGCAGUAAGCAGUAAGCAGUAAGCAUCAUUGCAGCAAAGUGGAGAGGAUCGCAAGCUGCUUCCCGCCCCCAAAAGGCCUCAUCUAAUUAGGACAGGGGAGAGAUACGUACGUAUGUACAAUCCUCAACAAAGAGUCAUUUGUCCUAUUCAUUUUUUCUAGAAGCAUAAAUAUGAAGUGUUACUACAAUUCUUAGCAAGUCCUGUUUGCCCUCAAUAUCAAUUGACGGCUCUAUACCAUACGGAGUACGGUACCACGCAUCGCAACCGCGACCAUGUCUGAACCCCCGAAAGCCCACACCUGGCCCACCUACCUCUUCUACAAACUCCUCUUCUCCCUCCCCUUCUCCUUUUUCUCUUACUUCCGCGGCCUAACCCGCCCCUCUCACCCGCACACCCUCCUCCAUAUCCCCUCCCGCGACCCAAAUCGCACCAUCCUCGCCCAUGUCUACGCCCCCCCCUCCCCCUCCUCCCCCUCCCCCAUCCUCCUCAACUUCCACGGCUCCGGCUUCAUGAUCCCCAUGCACGGCACCGACUCCCUCUUCUGCCACCGCGUCGCCCACGAAGCCGGCUACACCGUCAUCGACUGCUCUUACCGCCUCGCCCCCGACCACCCCUUCCCCUGCCCCGUCGAAGACGCCGAGGACGCCCUCGCGUACGUCCUCGCCCACCCGGAUCGCUACGACCUCUCCCACCUCGCGCUCUCCGGGUUCUCCGCAGGCGCGAACCUCGCGCUGGUGCUUGCGCAUCAAUCGUCGGCGCGGUACCCGAAAGCAGCGUUGGGGAACGUCAGGCUGAUCGCGUUCUACCCGCCGACGGACCUUAGCAUCGCGGCGGAGUCGAAGAAGACGCCAGACGGGAAGGCGGGGACGUUGCCGGCGGGGAUCAUGAAGGCGUUCAACGCGGCCUAUGUGCUGCCGGGGCAGGACAUUGGGGAUCCACGGAUAUCACCGGGGCGGGCGGCGGUGGGAGAUUUUCCGGCGGGGAUGGAGAGCUUGUGGGUGACGGGGACGAAGGAUAGUUUGUUGGCGGAGGCGGAGGAGAUGGCGGGGCGAUUGGAGGGGAGUGGAAGGAGGGCGACGGUGAAGAGGGUGGUGGGGGGGGAUCAUGGGUUUGAUAAGAAGACGGAGGGGAAGAUUACGGCGGAGGAGAGGGAGGGGAAGGAGGAGUCGUAUCGGAUGGCGGUGGAGUUUUUGAAGUUGUGAGGGGAGGUAAGGUGACUUCUACGAUAUGGAUCUAUGUGCUUUAUCCCGCUUAAAAUGCUUCGAAUGUAAACAGUCGCUAAGUGCCAAUUCCCCCAUGG